AUGCGUAAGGAACUUAAGAGAAGGCGGCAAGAGUAUCGUGCCACGCCAUUCGUGCUAGACAAGCAACGGGAUGCGGACAAGAGCUUGGUUUCAUCUCACGGAGAGUUUCAAGCUCACGUUCAGCCGCUAGGCGAGAAGAUGUUCGAGGCUAAAGUAAGCGACGUAUUCAACUACAGAUACACGCUAGAAGCCUCCAUCGAUGGGAAGCUCUUCCGUGGGCUGCUCUUCUCGUACAAGCCUGGUUUUGCUCAGGCAGUGCAAUCUUACAUCCUCAGUUACUCUCUAAUGCCAGGAAGGAAAGCAUCACAGGAGGAAACCACAGCACGUCCAAAAGGCCGUAGUAAAAGCUAA